ACGUUACUUGAGUAGAUGUCUAUUUUCAUCAUCCAAGUCGCUUUAAGAGGGAGAUGCUUUUAUGAGAGAUGCUCUUAAAACCCACCUCCCAGCGCCAAAGCUGUUUCAUCUUUUCCUAUCCUCGGAACUCCUCUGUUGAUUAUUUUCUCACAGAAGCAUCUUCCUCUGUUCGCCAUGACCCUUUUCUUUAGAGCUUUUCCUCUCAUACCCUUCCGCCCCAAGCCUCCAUUCUCUCUGUCUUUCCACGUAUUUCUCAAGCCCUUUUUCCCAAAACCACUUAUUCCUUUAAACACAACUCUUUUCUCUGUCUCCGCUUCUGCUUCAUCUCCUACCCCACCAACUCCUUCUUCUUCUUCUUCUUCUUCUUCUUCUUCUUCCACUGAAACGGUUUUUCCCACUUCCAAGCUCUCAGUUCCCACGCUCAAUUGGGUCAGCCGAACCGGGUUCUGCGGUCAAUUGUCUGCUGACGACGUUGGCAAACGGGUGCGUCUUUGCGGGUGGGUUGCUCUUCAUCGGGUCCAUGGUGGCCUUACUUUUCUCAAUCUUAGAGACCACACCGGCACUGUGCAGGUCACGACUCUUCCCGAUGAGUUUCCCGAUGCCCAUUCUACUAUUAAUGACUUGAGGCUUGAGUAUGUGAUUGCCGUGGAAGGUGUUGUGAGGUCGCGGCCGAGCGAGUCAGUCAAUAAGAAAAUGAAAACCGGAUUUAUAGAGAUUGCAGCUGAGCAAGUUCAAGUGCUGAAUGCUUUGAAAUCAAAGUUGCCAUUCUUGGUUACCACUGCAGAUGAUGCAAAAGAUUCUGUUAAAGAGGAGAUCCGUUUAAGAUAUCGAUGUCUUGAUUUGCGCCGCCAACAAAUGAAUUACAAUAUAAUGCUUCGUCAUAAAGUUGUAAAACUCAUUCGAAGAUACCUAGAGGAUGUACAUGACUUUGUGGAGAUUGAGACUCCAAUACUCUCUAGAUCUACUCCUGAAGGUGCCCGGGAUUAUUUGGUGCCCUCAAGGAUUCAGCCAGGAACAUUUUAUGCUUUGCCUCAAAGUCCACAAUUGUUCAAGCAAAUGUUAAUGGUUUCUGGUUUUGAUAAAUACUACCAAAUUGCUAGAUGCUUCCGGGAUGAAGAUUUGAGAGCGGAUAGACAACCUGAAUUCACACAGCUUGAUAUGGAACUUGCUUUUACUCCUUUUGAGGACAUGCUGAUGCUCAAUGAGGAAUUGAUUAGAAAGGUUUUUCUGGAGAUUAGCGGCGUGCAUCUACCAAACCCUUUCCCUAGGCUUACAUAUGCUGAGGCAACGAGUCGGUAUGGUUCGGACAGGCCAGAUACUAGAUUUGAUCUUGAGUUACAAGACGUGUCUGAUAUAUUUGCAGAUUCUCCCUUCAGGGUUUUUUCAGAUACAUUGAGAAAUGGGGGAAUUAUCAAAGUGCUAUGUGUGCCCUCAGGUGCUGAAAGCUAUUCAAAUACCGCUCUCAAGAAAGGUGAUAUUUACAAUGAAGCACUCAAAUCUGGAGCAAAAGGUUUACCUUUCCUGAAGGUCCUAAAUGAUGGAGAACUUGAGGGAAUUCCUGCAUUAGUAUCUAGUUUGGAUCCAACAAAAAAAGAGAUGUUGCUCAGGCAUUGUUCUGCCGGACCAGGAGAUCUUCUCUUGUUUGCAGUGGGCCAUCAUGCAUCAGUUAAUAAAACAUUGGAUCGACUUAGGUUAUUUGUAGCACAUGAGCUCGGUUUGGUGGACAACUCCAGGCAUUCAAUUCUAUGGGUGACUGAUUUCCCAAUGUUUGAGUGGAAUGAGUUGGAGCAAAGGCUUGAGGCCUUGCAUCAUCCCUUCACUGCCCCAAAGCCUGAAGACAUGGAUGAUCUUUCAUCUGCUCGUGCCUUGGCUUAUGACAUGGUUUACAAUGGAGUAGAGAUCGGUGGGGGAAGUUUGAGAAUUUAUAAACGAGAGGUCCAACAAAAGGUUUUGGAGAUCAUUGGCAUCUCCUCUGAAGAGGCUGAAGGGAAGUUUGGCUAUCUUCUGGAGGCAUUAGACAUGGGUGCUCCUCCACAUGGAGGAAUUGCUUUUGGAUUGGAUAGAUUAGUUAUGUUGUUGGCUGGUGCUAAUUCCAUCAGGGAUGUCAUAGCUUUCCCAAAGACGACAACUGCACAAUGUGCCCUCACUCGAGCACCAUCGGAGGUUGAUCCUCAGCAACUAAAAGAUUUGUCUUUUAAAACUCAUUGAUUUGCUCUAUCAACAUUCUAAGAUGCCAUUUUUUUGUUUCUUGCAUCGACUCUAACCUAGAUUAUUGAGCUUACCUAGUUUUUCCUUUCACAUUUAUUUAGCUGCCUUAAUCUUGUUGCUCUCACAUUUCCUAGUCAUUGCUAAUACGGUCAAAGUUUCACGUUC